AUGGAUCCAGACCAAGAUUAUGCUCUUUCGUUCGAAUCCGAAACCCAUCUCGCAAAUUCGGAAGCAACAAGAACUAUUACGAUCAAUAUAAACCGUUGUCAUAAGAAUGAGGACAUCAUUUCCAUAUCCCUUCAGUUUUCAACUAAUGAUGUUGGAUCUCUUUCUGAUUCGACCUUCACGAUCAUGCAAUAUAUGCUCACAUGUCACGACAUUAGCAAUUACUCUUCUUUGAGAAUCACUGAGAAGACCUCUACAUACGUAUACAAAACUGUUACAUCCCUCAACAGCUAUGAAGACACUAAUGUACACAUUAUAUUACAUUUAACUGAUUUUAAUCCUCCUUCGGUUCACCAAAUGGCUGUACGCAGGGCUACAUCUGUUCUCCAAUCUGCAAGGACAGUGCAGACACCAAAUGAUGAAUAUGAACGGUGCAUUAUAUGUAUGGACAUAAUUAAUGAAACCCAACUUAUGAAUGCAUUGCAAUGUACUCAUAUUUAUCAUCACCAAUGCAUUACUGAUUGGAUCAAGAUGAAUAUAAGUUGUCCUUUAUGCAGAGAGACUAUCCCAUAA